AUGACUGAGCAAAUACCUCCCUAUUUUAACUGUUUCGAGGGCAUGCCCAUCGAGUAUGAUGGUAGCUAUUCCUCGCUAGGCUCUGUCAUGUCUCCCCAUAACUACCACCAAAACUCGUUCACGCCCCUAGCAACCUCUUACAACGACCAAGUUGCUUCGUACUCCUACCAGCUACCAGAGACUGGUAAUGACCUCUUGCCUAUCAGCCAGCAUUGCUUCUCCUCUUCCGACCACACCUCCCCCUACAACCCCUACCAAAUGCAAUCGCAGGCUCAUUACCCGCCAAGACUGAUGCUUUCACAAGCUUUUCCACAAGCUGCUCCACAAUCUGCGAUGGAGACUCGUUACCAGCAGCUUGGAAAUGACUCUUUCGUCGACACGGCAUCAGGCUUCGUGCCUCAGUGCAACGUGCUUCAGGGCAACGUGCUGCGUGAGUGUCAGCCAGCUGAAUUUGACGAGUACCCCGAGUACAACGAGUUCAACGGCCUCCGCGAGCAAUCCAUUAACUCUUUCUCCUCAGGCAUCGUUGGUUUCCAGAGACAAUCAGCCAACAUGCUCGGGCAGGAGCAGACAAUCAGCCCAAGUGCUUUGCACAAGUCACCCCUCGAUCUGCCUCCGCAGGCUCAGGUGAAACGAGUGCGGGCCAGCCCUCCUCAAGCGAAGCCUGUUGUUGUGUCUCAUCAAAUGAUGGUUGCCAAAUCCAAUACUCUCCCCAAGCACGCUGUAGCCAGUCUGCCUCAGUACCAUCAAUUUCAGUACUACCAGAGCCAGUUCCAACUGCAGCACCCACAGCAGCACCCACAACAACAUCAGCUGCAGCACCGUCGGCUCCAUUCCAUGCAGGUCCCAGACACCUUCAACAACAGCUACCAGGCGCUGACUGUUCAACCUACCCAGCCAGUCCAGCCAGUCCAACGUGCUCAGCCAGUCAUCAAGAACGAAGAAAGCGACGACGACGACGAUGACGACAGCCUCGACAUUGAUCUUGCCAACUCGGGCCUCCCAGUCUUAAACAAUGUCACCGUCAAUAAUGGCGCGAGAAAAUCAGUAUUCCCACCAAUACCCACUCUCGCCGCCCACCCAUUCCUCCAGACCCGUAGGAAUGAGAUCAUCAUUGAAGUUGCUUCUGCGCUUGGCCAGCGACUGGCACAGGUGUACUUCCUAUCUGAAAAAGAUCAACAAAAUGCAUUCCUGCGAAUCGCCAAGGACUUCGGUUGCUCCUACAGCGAAAUCAAAUUGAUGGGGCCCUUGACUGAGCCGGAUUCGACUUUGCGUGGUCGUUACCGCACUUUGAAGCUAUCACCUGAGCUCAGGGUUCGUUUGUUGAUGAGGGCCGUUGAGCUGUAUCGGGAGGUCCUCAAGGCCCCAAAAAGACCUAGGGCUCGUCGCGGAUCUAGCACCAGCUCUGCCACACUGACUGAUGCAGAGGGUAAUGAGGUGAAGAUUAUGUGGAAGCACGUGCAAGAGUUCAUCAUCAGGGAGGGCGGUUCUUACAAAUUCUCAUACAAGAGCUGCAAGAAGAAGUACUUCGAGGUAAUCGCGGCUCAGUCUGGUUGA